AUCGAGGGAUUAAAUAGCUUGCUAUCGGGCUAAAGUGUCAUAAAUCGCUCGAGAGAAGCAAGGCCUGUCGCUUUGGACAUUUCUCCGCAGGCUUCCUACCUGUGAAAAUUUUCCAAUUGGACGUUCGGAAAUGGAAGCAGUGAAAAACUAUUGGACUAUUGACUUAAUUAUUUGACGAAAACCUUCCGAUGAAGAUUGGUGUCGACUAUGUGUGGGGUCUGAUAGCUUUCCUGCUUUGUCGUAAAUAUUUGCACGAGUGUUAUACACGGCAAAGCAUCGAUCUUACGGCAUAGGGAAUACUAACGCGAAACCAACCGAACUUGUACCGAUCACCUGUGUUCGAUCUGCUUAACGGAACUCUUAAUACACCUGUGCAUUACCUGAGAGUUUGCCUGUGAAAUCCCUUGCAGAAGAAGUGGGAUUUAUUUGUUUAUGCAGAUAUCUCAGCCAGAGAUAUUUUAUACUGUUUGUUUUGCCGUGGGCUAUCUGGGAUAUUUCUUGUGCGUGAGAUACAGCGGUUAUCACACAUGAUGAAUGUUCGUGCCAUUGUGCUUGUUGUCUUCCUGUGUGGAUGUGGAGUGGUAUCGGCUAGGCGGAAGAGAGAAAGAACAAUUCUACGUUUUGCCGAUUGUGGGAAAGAAAACAACCGCCCGAUCCACUUCUAUGACGUCAAAGCCAGUCCCAUGCCAGUCAUUAUCCCCGGUACUCUCUACGUCAGCUUCACUGGCAACGUCACGGAGGACCUUCCUCGACGGGUCUCCGUCGAGCUCAGCAUCAUGAAGUAUUUCUUUGGGAUCCCCUUUAUGAUCCCAUGUUUCGAUAACCACAUCGGGUCCUGCACAUAUGAUAAUAUAUGCCACCGCCUGGAGAAGUAUGAGCACUCUGGGUGUCCGAAGACGUUACGGUCGUACAACGUCCAGUGCCACUGCCCCUUCCAGGCCGGGGACUUCACAGUGUCCAGGGUGCCGGUCAAUGUUCCAAAAAUAAACGGCUUUGCUGGAGCUCUAAUUAAUGGUGACUAUGAGCUUGUACUGAGCAUCUUGGAUGAAAACAGGUCGCAACUUGGAUGUCUGGAGUUGAAGUUUUCCAUGAAAAAGCGGCAUCGGGGGUGGCUGUUUAAGAUCUGAAAACCACCUACAAACUGUGGCUCACUUUGUCUACAUAUAGGCCAACAGGCCCGACAAGGAACGAAACAAUCGUCUGCGCAUGCUUGGAGGGGCCGAGUGAGCGGAAGUUACUCCGCAGUGAAUAAUUUCGUCCAAUCGCAGAUCCGUUCACAGUUCCAUUUCCUGCGGAACACGUGUGCUAUGGCCCAAUGGAUGUAAAUAUCAACUUCCUCUCAGGACGUGUUAGUGUUACAAGUGCUGCGUGAUGGACCGAUAACACGACCCGUGGUGAGGAAACGGUUGCAUAUGUUUCUGUUGUGUGAGUGGACAGUCUGCGUAAAACGCGUGCCUUAUGUGUUACAUUAACGCCGCCGAUAAACCCGUCUUCAGAACUAUGUUGUUUGUGAUGCCCAUAGUCGACUCGGUUGUAUAUUUGAAAUGUUGUAAUAUAAUGUGUAUUUUAAACCGUAUGUGUUACCCGUACUGCCAAAACUAACCCCACAAGAGUGAUUUUCUCCCAGCAACAAAAUAAUCCAUUGUCCCAUAUGUUUUCCGGACCUGGUGAAAUGUGUUCCGUGCAUACACCAAACGACUGAGACGCCUGUCUGCACACAAAACAUUGAGCCAUUUCCCCUUGCGUGUGAGACGCUGCCUUGAAAAGCAAUCUUAGACAUUUUUCGGUCGCUUCAUACACUUAUUAAAUAAUGUACAUUAUGGUGGCAUUCGUCACCACUCGCCCCUUUCCGUCACCUUCAAGAAGACGCUAUUCGGCUUGGCCCGGAAUAGCACGAGUUUGCCACGAAUGGGAUUGGUGGGCCUUGAGUUAGACAUAAUUUUAGACAUCUGUUCCAGAUAUCUUGAAAUCCAGGAACAACUCUUAUGUGAAACUUUAAAUGUUAAAAGUUAUUAACGACCUAAUGAUUUACAUAUGUUAAUAUCACGAAUGUAUUGAUGUUUAUUCACAAUAUUGGUCAGAACUAGUAGUUAGGUCAUUGAAAUACGACAUGUGAUGACUCGUUUUAAGUGAAUUCAUAACCCAAAAGUGCCAUAAGUCUAAUUGUGUUUCAUCAGUAUAGGGCAUAAUCUCCCCCACAGAAUGUAAGUGUUUAUGUUAAGUGUUUAACAUACUUGUCAUAAAUAACUUACCGUACACUCAAGUGAAAGUUUGCACUAGUGAUGGUUGAGCAAGUUCCCGAGAGUUACAUAAUUGGUGUUUGGACAAUGAUAAAUUGAUAUUGAAUGAACUCGGCAAUUACAUUCGAGAAAAUAACUUACACAUGCAUGAAAAACAAAGAGAACUGAGGAAUAUCUUCACACUUAAAGUAGAGUAGAAAAAGCCAUACACAUUUAAAAGACAGUCUCCCAGUUUGCAUCGUAGUGAUAAGAAACUGCGACAUUUUCAGUGGAAUCAAAUCCAGGGCAUCAAACAACACAGUUCGAAUAAAUAAAUGCCAGUUUCUAUUCGUUAUGAUUAUCUCACAUUUUGUGGACAGUGGCUUUCUUUUUGUGGACACUUCUAUAGUGUCUACAUAUAUAUUAGUUUGCUAGCUCUGGCGGUUCUUCUUUGUGGGCCUGUAAUUUAUUAUAAUUACAGAUGCGCAGUGCGGAACCCCGUUUGAGUAAGCUUUCGUAGCGCUACGACUGUCGUAAGUCUACG